AUGCUCACUGUAUACAUUUACAAGCAUACCCGGCGGACUGAACUUGAUAAAUAUGACAAGAUCGGAGACCGACCAUGGAACGACCCCGGCCCAAGACGGGGAAAGACAGUGUCAGAUGAUGUGGCUACUAGACCUAUCUUGCGUGCUGUGAUUCUCGACUUCUCCGCCGUCAACUUCGUCGACGUGACUUCCGUCCAAGCGCUAAUCGAUCUGCGCAAUCAGUUCCAGCGAUACGCCACACCUUCGACAGUUGAGUGGUACUUCGCGGCCGUCAACAACCCUUGGAGCAAGCGCGCACUCGUUGCUGCAGGCUUCGGUGCCGCGUCUCAGAGCGUUGAUGGCGACAAGGAGAUUACACCUGCCAAUCAGAUUGUCACCGUGGCACCUUCACAAGUGCUGACCGCAAAGAGCGAUGCGAGUGGCUCUGUCUCCGAGAAAAAGCCUGGUGAUGACCUGGAAGCUGGGGUCGCAAUCACCCCUGUAAUCUCCUCGCCUACAAUUGGCGAUGAUGGCAAGCUGGUAGAGCAGCCACAUGAGGAUUACAAUGGGAAGUUGGCCCCAGUUUGGGGCCUGAAUCGCCCAUUUUUCUUCAUUGACGUAGCCACGGCUGUUGAUAGUGCUAUUCUCCAUGCUCAAUCCCGAUAG